UUAGCACUCCAAAAAUGCAAUUUCACCAGCAAAGAAGUGUUAAAUUCUAGAAUUAAUUCAGUAGCCAUUUUAGCAUUCCACAAGCAAUUUCUUGCCGACGGCUGUUACCGCUGGUAACUUCUCCUCUCCUUCGCCGGCGAUCAUAGCCCAGUCAGAGGUAACGGUCUUACAGAAAGUCACAAUCUGAGAACCCAAACAAGGUUAAGCAAUAAUCCCACAUUGGAAGUGGGUAUCCCAAUGUGGAGAAUUAUAGGGGUGAGGCCUGAUUGGAGCAAGAGCAGAUAGGAAUCCAUUCCAGUGAAGACUAGAAAUCAUCGCCAUCUGCAUUGAUGGAUAAUGAAGAGAAAAAAGUGUCAUUGGAAUUGGAGGAUAAGGCAUCCUCCAUUUUAUCAGAGUUUAUGCUGCGGAAUCACAAAGUUUGAGGAGCUUGUGUCACUGGGAAGUAAGUUCCUUGUCGAGAUUCGUGAAGCUGUAGAGUUGCUUCAAAGACCUGCAGUACACAAGACAUCUGAAGUGGCAGAUGGUAUCAUAAAAGCUAAUGAAACUAAGAGGAUGAAAGCAUAUGUCCAAGCAGGAUGUAUAAAUGCUCACGAUGGUGUGCAAAAUAUAAGCAAGUUACGCGAUUGCCAACGAGGACUUCAAGAUUAUUUAGCUGAAGCAAAAGGUCUGCUCAAUGAACUUGAUUGCUUCAUAGAUGAUAUAGUUGGUGUAUUGCAAACUUCAAAUGAAAUUGCAUCACACGUUUUGGGUUAUUCUGGUGAUGGGCUGGUACUUCAAGGCACAUCUUUUGAAAUGGAGGUAAUGGAAUCGCGAAGUAUCCAAAAACCUGAAGUUACAGAUUGUGCUUCUAUAAUGGGGAUUAUUUACAGUAUGGUGAAACAAGACUAUAUGAUGCAGGAAAAGAUCAUCUGUUCUCUCAGUCUCAAGUCAUCAUCAGCAGAACUACAGAGCUACUGCCUCAUGUGGUCUUUACGGCCUUUCAUAGAUGAUGACAUUAUGCAUCAAGCAUGGAAAUUAAUCCCGCAGUUGUAAACCCAUGUCAUGACUCAUGCCCAAAUUGAUUAUUUACCAAGUUGACUAAUGAAAUCCACAUUCUUUUUUACCUCA